ACGACUUCGACCAUUACGUUUCUAGUUAUAGUCAUUGAUUUAACGGUGAAAUAAAAUUAAAAUUUUUAGUACUAUUAAAAUAGAUUAAUAAUUUUGUUUAUAGAGCACAAUGAAAUACCAAGUGAUUAUUUUUUUAAUUAGUAUCACAAGCGGUCAAUCAUUCCGAAUAAGACGAGAAGAUGAGGACAAUAGUUCUGAUCAGGUUAUGUGCAAUAGUAUAGUGUAUCAUUUCGGGAAAAAUAUUUCCGAGGUGUUGUUACUAGAUUCCGAUCAGCAGUCUUCCUUCAAUAGUCUUGCAUAUGUUGCGCUUCAUUUUCAUUUUACGUACGAUAACAAUCGAGAUCACUUUGACGAUCCAACUGAAUUUGAAGAUGAUUAUAUUGAUGAUUUUUCUGAUGAAACGAAUGAUAAUUCUGAUGAUGGUAAAUAUACAACUGAAGUUGUUGCAGUAAGCACGCCUUCCAGCGAAGUUCGUGCUCAUGAAGUAAUACUUGUUAAUCCAAAUUACCAUCCAUGGGUAUCUGUUGUUACCUUAUUAGAUUCAAUUUUCGAGUUUCCCAAGAAUGUACUUCAGAAAGCAAGUGGUUCGAUCACUGGUUUUAUGGGAAUCUCGAGUAAUUCUGGAAAGUAGCUGUUUAAAAAUGUCGAUAUGGAUAUUAGUUUAAUGUUCCAAGAAGCUUUAAACUUAGAAGGAAUGAUAUUAAUGAAAAAUAAAGAUACACUGAGAGAAAAAAAAA